UUCCUAGGUUUUAUGAAUCCAAGAAGAAACCAGAGAUAAUACACAGUUCAGCAGCAACUUAAAGUGAUGGGUAUCAACAUUCUGAGAAAUUUGGCACUAUUUGCUAUCUAUACCUUCUUGUUCUUCUCGGGUUCAAGUUUAGCGUGGAAAUCACGUAUACAAGAAGAACAUCAAGAAAACGUACCUUUGAAGAAUGAAGAAGACAGAACAAUCUUCUCUCCUCUACAUUUCACUCAGUUGGUUGACUCUACCAUUGUUAAUCCAACAACAACGCCAGGACAGUCUGUACCAAACUCAGUAAAAUCCAAUUUGAAACCCACCACAGGGCCAGGGAGAUCUAGUGGAGUUUCAUGGUGUACUGCAAGCUCUGCAGCUUCUCCAACUGCUCUGCAGGUGGCUCUUGACUAUGCCUGUGGCUAUAGCGGUACAGACUGUUCGGCGAUUCAGCCGGGUGGGAGCUGCUAUGAGCCGAACACAGUGAAGGACCAUGCUUCUUAUGCCUUCAAUGACUAUUACCAAAGGAAUCCAGUGGCUACUAGCUGUGAUUUUGGUGGAACAGCACAACUCGUUAGUACAAACCCAAGUAUGGCCUUUUCACCUUUCUGACUCAUAGUUAACCCCUGUUGUCCCUUGUGGUACACAAUUAUAGCUAAAACAGGUCAAUUGAUUACAAGAGUUUCUACUUAGUAUACUUAACUAACAAAUUUUUUUAAUUAACAAUUGUAUUUUCCAUAUUAUAUUGCAGGUUAUGGUAACUGUCACUAUGCAAAACCCAUAGAUCUAUCAAUUUAUGGUGCAAGACCAUCAGGCAUGCCCAGCUCAGUCAUUUCAAUAUCAAAACGAUCAGUGCUGCUCUUGACCAUGACUCACCUUUUG